AUGGCCGAUGCAAUGGACGAGGAUCUGCGCGAGCUUCCACAGCGUCUCAAAGCCUCCCUCUGGUUCUCAAUCGGCAAGAUUGUUGACGAAGAGACUCUCCGUUUAGAUACAACCGCUACACCACAAUUCAUAGGUGCAAUGACUGAGAUGGUCUGGUCGCAAGUCGAAAACGUAGCCCAAGAUCUCGAAACCUUUUCCCGUCACGCAGGCCGCACCACAGUCACAACAGACGACGUCCUACUUAUUACACGGAGGAAUGAGGCACUGUAUGGUAUCAUGAGAGAUUUUGUAGAGAAGGAACAGGUUGCUGCGCAGAAGGGGAAGAGCAAAGUUGUGAAGGGGAAGGGGAGGGCGAAGAAAUAA